AUGUCACAGUCGUCCAUAUCACAGCGCAGCGGCCAUCCUAUAGUUGAGGACAGCUGGACAAGCAUUAUUGAUUUGGGGGAUUUGGACCUCUUUACGGGAGCUCCUCCCAAAGAGAAUCAUGCAGCAAUCCAAAGUGUCUUCGAAAUGGGAGGGAAUCUCUCUUCCCAUUCUGCACUUGAAUCGCCUCAGAAGUCUAUCUCUUUCACCGCCUCGUCUAUCUGUCAAACUGUUGGUGCACAAUCCGAAAUCACGUCUGCUGAUCAAGAGUUUGAUCAGAUAUUCAGCAGUUUGGAGAACAACACUAAUUCGUCUAAUGCUUUUCCUUUCGACUUUCACGGUGGUGAAAAUAAUGCGAACCUUAGUCCUGUUCAGUUCACACCACCCGAUUCACCUGCUUGUUCAUCUGAACCAUCUGUGACUGGGCUCUUCGCAGCCUCUACCUCUUCCAUUCAUCAUGGACCAUCACACACCUUUCCCUUGAAAGGAUCUACUCAGUCAUUUGGAAAUUGCAAGAGGAGGAAUGGCCUCUCUAAACCUGUAGCGGCUCCUUCGCCAUCUUCUUUCAAGAAGGAACCUCUUGUAACGCUCCCUGUGCAAAAGUGCAACAAGAUUCCAGUUUACAAACAGAGAAGAGUCGAUGUUGCUGUCUACUACGAAAGCAGAACGGAAACGAAAAGAGGUGAUAUUUACUGUCAUGAAUAUGGCUCUAAUAUAAGUGUAGGACCUUAUUUUCCUCACCAGGAGAAAGGA